AUGAGACUUCCAGGCAACAUCGUGGUGUUGCUUGUGGCAUUGUUGUAUUUGCCAUUUGCAGAGGGGAAAUUCGAGCCCAAAAUCUCCGUGAAUAGAGAAUCACUGGUGGCACAAGAGUAUCUAUACUUGGAAGAUUCUCCCAAUGUAUUGGUGUUACGAGACUUGAAAGUCUCAAUUUCCACCGACAGAGGCAAUAAAUGGGGCCCUGUGAAAGGAAUUGACGACAAUGACUCCAUCUUCUUCUUACAAAGAAAUGCAUUUGAUUCCUCUAAAGUCUACGCUUCUACUACCGGGAAAACCCACUACUAUAGUCUGGAUAAAGGGCUUUCGUGGAAGAAAUUUGAGAUACAAAUCAAGGAAGGCUUCGACAUUGUGGAGCCCCCACGGUUCUUACCCAAUUUCAAAGAUCCUGCCAAGGUGAUGGUGGAAUACAUUCAAUGCGCGGUGGUGAGAAACGACAAGUACAACUCUAAGUCCAAAGUGACACUUUUGGUGUCCAAAGACGGAGAAACGUUCAACGCGGCCGACUUGCAGUCGGAGGUGGCGUACGGUGCCAUGAACUUCUUGCCCUCUUCUGCCCUGGGUUUGUUUAUUUCUGUAACCCCUUUCACGAACUUUCUUUCAAUGGGUAGCUACUCAACAGUGUAUGCUUCUGACUCUUCCGGUUUAAGAUUCAAGAAGGUAGCUGAAAACGUUGCCAAUCAGGAAUUCGAGAAAAUUCAAACCAUUGAUGGUGUUUGGUUGUCGGAUGUUUUUGGUAAGGAUUCGAAGGACACUAAAGACAAACCCUCUCUUAUUGAUUUGAUUAUGGGUGGUGGGGCCGACAAAGACGUGAUUUCGCAGAUUUCCUUCAACGAUGGUAAGGACUGGAACCCGUUGAAGGUGGACGACGAAUCUUGUACUGGAGAUGACUGCUCUUUGCACUUGUUGACCUCGAGUCAAAUGGACGGGGAAGGGAAGUUUGUGACUGGCCCAACUCCAGGUAUUGUAUUGGGAGUUGGAAACACCGGCAAGAAACUAGAUCACGGGUUUGAGCACAUGAGAACGUUCAUUUCCCGUGAUGGAGGGGCUUCGUGGAAACAGGCCCUUGAUAAACCGUGUAUGUACUCGUUUGGAGACUUGGGAAAUAUCAUCGUGGCCCUUCCGUACUUUGGAAAGAAACAAGGCAGCACCAACACACUUUACUACUCUCUCGACCAAGGUUUGAGCUGGGAUAGUAAGGAGUUGGAUGUGGCUUUCUUUCCGCUCUCUGUAUCCACAACCGUUGAUGGAACUGGUACACAUUUCCUCAUCACUGGGUUAAUUGACAACACUCCAGAAAAGACUGGAGACUAUGACUUCAGCGAAGUGUUGUACUCGUUGGAUUUUAGUGAAGCCUACGACAAAAAGUGUCUGAAGGAUGACUUUGAGCAGGUCUACGCCAGAGUGGCUGCCGACGAUAAGAAGCCUUUGUGUAUGUACGGACACCGUGAGAAGUUCAAGAGAAGAAAGGCAGAGUCUAAAUGCUUUGCAGCUACUCUUUACGAAGAUGUCACUGUUUAUGACGAAUCUUGUGACUGUUCUGACCAGGACUUUGAAUGUGCUCCUGGAUUCAAGGUUUCUAAAAAAGGUGGAUCCUGUGAACCCGACAAGAAAGUCAUUGGAGAAAUGUGCCGAACCCAGAAAGUGAAAGAGUUAAGCCUUCCUGACAAAGUGUUAGCAGAUGGAAACGAAUGUAGUAUUGGCAAGAAGUCGUUCAAGCAGUUUAUUUCCGAGCACAAAUUGAAGUGUUCCGACUACAUCGACAAGGACGACAAGGAUAAGGAUAAGAGCAAGAAGAUUGAGGUUUCUAAGUUUUCUUUUGAAGGAAAGAUGACCGAGUACACUUACUUUGAACAAGGUGAUGAUUACAGAGGUGAAAACAUCAUUGUCAGAACUUCUGAUAACAGACUCUACGCAUCCAGAACUGGAGGUACGAAGUUUGUCAAGGCUCCAAUGUAUGAGGAGGUUUUGGCGUAUUUCAUGGGCUCUGUUCCUGGUCAAAUUGUUUUGGUAACCAAUUCCGAAAUCUUCUUUGUGUCUACUGAUGCUGGGAACUCGUACAUGCGGUACAAAGCGCCUUCUCGUUUGAGUGCUCAGAAUCCAUACGUUUCUUUUCAUAAAGAGUCGGUUGAUCAAUUCAUUUGGUACGGAGCUAAUACUGAACUAGGGUGUGGAGAUAUCUUCCUGGACAACUGUAAGUCCACUGCUUACAUUACAACCACCGGAGGUGAAAUAUUUACUACAUUGAGAGAGGAUAUUGUCAAGUGUGACUUUGUGGGGCCAAUCUUGAAAGAAGCCGAGAAGAGUGAAAAUUUGAUCUUCUGCUCGGUGAUUGACAAAGAAUCCAAACAGCUUAAGUUGGUGUCAACAACUGACAACUUCAAGACCGAAAAGGUGUUAGCCAAAGGCAUUGUGGGAUAUGCCAUCUCCGGUAACUACGUUAUUGUUGGUGCUGUGGAUGACAAAGAAGGUACCUUAACGGCCAUGGUAACUGUUGACGGAUCGACCUUUGCUAAAGCAGCUUUUCCUCGUGAUUUGAACAUCGACAUCAAACAGGCUUUCACUGUUUUGGACGCUGCUACCGGUUCCAUAUUCAUGCACGUAACCACCCAGUCGAAAAAGGGAGAUGAAUAUGGCGCUAUCUUGAAGUCAAAUUCCAAUGGAACCUCGUAUGCUUUGACGUUAGAUCAUGUCAACCGUAAUACAGUUGGAUUUGUGGACUACGACAGGAUUCAGGGAAUUGAAGGGAUUUUGGUUGCAAACGUUGUUUCCAAUUACAAAGAAGACUCGGAAAAAAAGCUAAAGACGAUGAUUUCCCAUAACGACGGAGGAGAGUGGAACUAUAUCGAGCCUCCCACUGUCGAUUCAAAGGGCAAGAAAUAUAAGUGUGGUGGUAAGACAAUCAAGGACUGUUCGCUUAACUUGCACAGUUUCACUGAGAGAGCUGAUUACCGAGACACCUUUUCUUCACCUUCGGCAAUUGGAAUUAUGAUUGGAAUUGGAAACGUUGGAUCUCAUUUGACUAAAAAGAGCACUGGAGAUACGUUUUUAACUCGUGAUGGAGGUUUGACUUGGAAAGAAAUCAAAAAGGGUGCUUACAUGUGGGAGUAUGGUGACAGAGGAAGCAUUAUUGUGUUGGUAAAAGACGGUAAGACAAACGAAUUGUCGUAUUCUUUAGAUGAAGGAAAGAAGUGGAUCAACUUCAAGUUUGCCGACGAUGAAGUGGAUAUCAAAGACUUGGCAACGGUUCCAAGCGACAACUCGAGAAAGUUCAUUGUGUUUGCUGAAAAGGAUGCAGACAGUGUUGCCUAUACCAUCGACUUUACCGACAUUCACCAAAGACAGUGUCAAUUGGAUUUGGAUAAUCCCAGCAAUGAUGAUUUCGAAUACUGGUCGCCAAAACAUCCCAACGGAGUGAACGACUGCUUGUUUGGGCACGAAGCCAAAUACUUGAGGAGAUCCUCAUCUCACACCGACUGUUUCAUUGGAAUGGCCCCAUUGAGUGAGGGUUUCAAGGUCACUAAAAACUGUUCUUGUACCAGACAAGACUAUGAAUGCGAUUACAACUACUUUAGAGAUGGCGACAACACCUGUAAGUUAGUCAAGGGAUUAUCACCUUCGGAUCACAAGAAGGAAAUGUGCAAGAAUGAUGCGUUCCAGUACUUUGAACCCACCGGGUACAGAAAGAUCCCCUUGUCAACCUGCCAGGCUGGUAAACAAUUUGAUGCAUUUGUGCCACAAGCUUGUCCCGGAAAAACCAAACAGUUCAACGAGUACUACGGAAGAGAUGUGGGCAUUGGUAAGCUUCUCUUGAUCAUUGGUAUACCUUUGGCGGUGUUCAUAUUUGCAACCUGGUUUGUGUAUGAUAGAGGAAUUCGCCGAAACGGAGGAUUCAAGCAGUUGGGACAAAUCCGGUUGGAUGACGACGAGUUGGACUUCCACCCCAUUGAAAACAACCUGGUGGACAAGGCCGUCAACUCUGUUGUCAGAGGAGGUAUUUUCGCUGUGGCAGUGGUGAUUGCAACUUUCAAGACCUUGAGAAAAGUUGACAAAGCCAUAUUUGAAAGAGUGGUCUCGCAGGUGUUUGGCGGAGGUGCUGGUCGGCGGAACUAUGUGAGUGUUCCUGACAUCGACAAUGAUGAAGAAGAGUUGUUCGGAAAUUUUAGGGACAACUAUGAUGAUGAAUUGGAACACGGAGAUACAGAGGAUUUCCAUCAGCAGUUUUCCGACAACCUCAACGAGGACAAUGGGUUUGACAACGAGCCGGCAGAGAUCGACUCGGAUGCCCGAUUGUUUGAUAUUGAUGAUCAAAGCGAUGAGGAACCCAGUUUGAAGUAG